UGACAGGACUUUGCUGAUUGAAGACCCUCCUUCCCUGCGCCUCCCCCUCUCUCUCCUCUCCUCUCCUCUCCCCUGCUCUCCCCUUCCCUCCUCAAUCGCAAGGCUGCGCUCACUGACUCCACACCGCCAACAGGGAUGCAGCGAGGGCGCAGCGCAGCCUGAAAAUGGCACCACCGCGCGUCCUGUGGAUCUAUCCGACCCUGUCCCUCCUGCCCUCCCUGAUGCUUUUCUAUGUCUUCCCGUCGUGCGGAGCCUUACGGAAUUACCCGGAAAAUGAAGUUACUCUCUUGGACUCCAUGUCAGCACUGGCCGACCUCGGCUGGGAGGCUUAUCCUAACGAAGGGUGGGAGGAGAUCAGUGUGAUGGAUGAGAGGAACACUCCGAUGAGGACCUAUCAGGUGUGCAACGUCAUGGAAGCCAACCAGAACAACUGGCUGCGGACGCGGCACAUCAGCCGCGAGGGCGCGCAGCGGGUUUACAUCGAGAUCAAGUUCACUCUGAGGGACUGUAACAGCCUGCCCGGGGUCCCCGGUACCUGCAAAGAGACUUUCAACAUGUACUAUUAUGAAUCCAACAACGCCAACGUGUGGUUCAUUAAGGAAAGCCAGUAUGUCAAGAUUGACACGAUUGCUGCAGAUGAGAGCUUUACACAAGUGGAUGUCGGUGAUCGCGUCAUGAAACUGAACACUGAAGUGAGAGACAUCAGUAAUCUGAGUAAAAAGGGUUUCUACCUGGCCUUCCAGGACCUGGGUGCGUGCAUCGCUCUGGUUUCAGUUAGGGUCUUCUACAAGAAGUGUCCGCUGACGGUGCUGAACCUGGCCCAGUUCCCUGACACGAUAACAGGGGGGGACACGGCGCUGGUGGAGGUCCACGGCAUGUGCGUGAACUCCUCUGAGGAGUUUGAGGCUCCCAAGAUGUACUGCAGUGCUGACGGAGGCUGGCUGGUCCCCAUCGGGAGGUGUGUGUGCAAGCCGGGCUUCGAGGAGAACAAGGACGUCUGCCAACCAUGCAGACCUGGAACCUACAAAGCUUCGGCCACAGAUGCCUACUGCACCAAAUGUCCUCCUCACAGCUCGUCCCCGCAGGAACAAGCCAUCGAGUGCCUGUGUGAGAGAGGCUUCUACCGCGCUGACACCGACCCACGCUCCAUGUCAUGCACACGCCCUCCCUCUGCUCCAGAGAACCCCAUCUCCACAGUCAACGAAACCUGCGUCACCUUGGAGUGGUCUCCGCCCAGAGACACAGGAGGGAGAGGGGACGUCACCUACAGCCUCCACUGCAGGAAGUGCUCCGGUGACGGCAAAAAGUGCACACCGUGUGGCGGCAGCAUCCAUUUUGUUCCUAGACAAUUUGGUCUGUCAUCAGCCAACGUUCUGAUCACAGACUUACAGCCAGACUCUAACUACAGCUUCACCAUCGAGAGCCAGAGCGGCGUGUCGGACCUGAGUCCAACUCCCAGGGGAUCAGUGGUGAUAAAUGUCACCACUUCGCAGACAGUGAGCGUGGUGUUGAAGGAGAGGCGGAGCAAGGACAGUGUGACUUUAGCCUGGCAUGGUCCCGAGAGACCCAACGGGGCCAUUGUGGAGUAUGAGGUCAUCUAUUAUGAGAAGAACCAGCGUGAUCAGAACUACACGGUUCUGAAGACUCGCUCCAACAUGAUGACGGUGGACGGGCUGAAGCCGGGGACCACCUACGUGUUCAGGGUGAGGGCUCGGACCGACGGGGGCUACGGCAGCUACGGUGGAGAGAUAGAGUUGGAAACCAGCCAUGAAGACAUCUUGGCCAUUGGAGACCCUAACCAGUCCACCAUAUUGGUUGUGUCCAUUGCGGGGGGAAUCGUGCUCCUCAUCUUCCUGGUGACCUGCUUUGUUGUCAGUGGAAGGCACUGUGGAUACAUCAAGGCCAAGCAGGACCCUGAUGAGGAGAAGAUGCAGUUUCAACAUGGCCGAGUGAAGCUCCCAGGCAGCAGAACUUACAUCCAUCCUCACACCUAUGAAGACCCCAACCAGGCCGUCCGGGACUUCGCUAAAGAGAUAGAUGCUUCCAACAUCCGCAUAGAGAGAGUCAUCGGAGCAGGGGAGUUUGGGGAGGUGUGCAGCGGUCGAUUGCGUGUCCAGGGAAAGAGGGAGAUCUACGUGGCCAUAAAGAGUCUAAAGGCCGGGUACUCUGACAAGCAGAGGAGGGACUUUCUGUCCGAAGCCUCCAUCAUGGGACAGUUCGACCACCCCAACAUCAUCAGGCUGGAGGGCGUCGUCACAAAAUGUAAGCCGGUGAUGAUCAUAACGGAGUUCAUGGAAAACGGAUCUCUGGACACUUUCCUCAAGAAACACGACGGCCAGUUCACGGUGAUCCAGCUGGUGGGCAUGCUGCGCGGCAUCGCCUCAGGUAUGAAGUACCUGUCAGACAUGAGCUACGUUCACAGAGACCUGGCUGCCCGAAACAUCCUGGUCAACAGCAACCUGGUGUGUAAGGUGUCGGACUUCGGCCUGAGUCGAGUUCUGGAGGACGACCCCGAGGCGGCGUACACAACGAGGGGAGGGAAGAUCCCCAUCAGAUGGACGGCUCCAGAGGCCAUAGCCUACAGGAAGUUCACCUCAGCCAGCGAUGUGUGGAGUUAUGGGAUCGUCAUGUGGGAGGUGGUUUCAUACGGAGAGAGGCCCUACUGGGAGAUGUCCAACCAGGACGUGAUCAAAGCAAUAGACGAGGGCUACCGUCUUCCUGCUCCGAUGGAUUGUCCCGUGGUGUUGCACCAGCUCAUGUUGGAUUGCUGGGAGAAAGGACGCAGCGAUCGGCCAAAGUUCGGACAGAUUGUCACAAUACUGGACAAGCUCAUCAGAAACCCAGCAAGUCUCAGGGAGCUGGCCAACAGCUCAGUGGGCAGGGAGGACCCGCCCACCCCGGAGUUCAGUGUUAGCACAGUGGAUGAUUGGUUGGAAACCAUCAAGAUGGGCCAGUACAAGGAGAACUUUUCCAGUGCUGGAUAUGUCAGCUUGGACUCCAUCCUCUACAUCAGCGUCAGUGAACUGACUAAGAUGGGAGUGACUCUGGCUGGCCACCAGAAGAAGAUUUUAUCCAGCGUGCAGAGCCUGCAGACCCAGGGGACGCACGUCCACGUAUAACAGUUCCCAACCAGACACACAGUGAGACGAGGUCGAACUGGACGCUCCUGUGAAGUCUCCCCACUGAAAUGGACUUGUAAUGGACACUUUGUGCUUGAGUCUCCAUUGAUUUUGAGACACACUGAGAUGGAGACAACACUGACGCUUGACUCCUUCACCUUCCCAUUCCUCCCCCCUCCUCCUCCGUCUCCUCGCCCUUUUCUGGCUUUAGCACUCUAGAGUCCCAGCAACACCGUCACUGUACUGGAGCGGCAGAGAGGCGCAACAAGGCUUCACAAAAAGCAUCCCAGACCAUUUCAGCUUAAAAAAAAGACAAAAAGCGUUUAACAUUAGAAACAGCUAAAACAAUAGAGUAUGGUGAUCACUGUUUGUGAACUGUACAGUCUUUUUUAUCUUUUUUGUUUUUGUUUUCGCAGCAAAGGUGUGAAAAGGGUCAUGAGGUAUGUAUAUGUGUCGAUAACUGUUUAUAUGGGCAGCGUGUCAUGCAACCAUAGAGAUGGACCUAAUGUUUGUAAGGGUGGUGAAGAUUAUAUCGCUUGAUCUUAAAGGAACUAUUUACCUUGUAGAUGCACGGCCUCAUCUGUUGCUCUCAGAAAGCAAACGGACAAGGCGAGAUUGUGAACUACAUGAAUGUGCGGGGAGGGGUGGGGGUGGGAGACAAACCGGACCUGUAGAGAUAGAGACGGAUGUAGGCUCUGCCAGCUUGUGUAGGACGGAGGUAUGACGUGUAAUCGGUUUAUUGUUUUUGUUUCAUUUACGGCCAGUGCAAGGGCUUCCUUAGAGACACUUCCACAUCAGCUCAACCCGGUGUUUGUUAGCAUAUUUGCUGUCACGCUGACUGCAAAGAAGUGGCAAGAAGCAAAGGAAAGGUUUCUCUUCCAAUGAUUUACUUUUUUCAGCUCAAUAAGUUUAGCCUUCCUGUGUUUCAGGUGUGUGAAGAAAGUGAUAGUAGUGCAAAAGUUGUAAGAACAUGCCUUGUCAUGUACAGUGAUCUUGAGAAGUGAAUCUAGGUGACACGCCAUUAGUUUAAAUGUGCACUUUUCUUUUAUCAGCCUCCACGGUUGGAUGGUCACUCAAGCGCAGCCGCUGUAAUUGGAGGGUUUAGAGUUUCCCUCUUUGCCUGCAUGAUAAAAUCACCAACAAUCUUUCCAUGGGUGAUUUCCAGAUGUGCCAACACAAGAGGGUGAAUUUUUACUUAUAGAAAGAUUAUUUUUUUGUCAUGUACUGUAUCACUUUCUGCUCAUCAGGUACGCAAACUAUAUUAAUCAUGUCCUACUUUCAAACCUUUACCUGUUGGUUCUUUUCUUCCAAAUCAACGUUUACAGGAAUAAGGAAAUGUGUUGGUUCUUUGUCUCCUGAUUAGAGGGUAAAUGCUGCUUAUCACAUUGAUUCCACACUUAGAUGUGAAGGGGCCCUCUUUGCAUUAAUAGCACUAAACCUGCUUUUGGUGAAACCCAGUUUUAAUACACAUGGUGAUCUGUAGGACCAACGGUGACAUACAGUACAGUAUAUAUGAUUGUAUUAUAGUGUAAAAUAUGUACAGUGUUGAUUUCCAAUGUCAGAAUGUUUGUAUUGACAACGAUGAUGACUAUGAUGUGCAUUUAUUGUGAUAAAGAGAUUUCUGAAGUUCAUGUUCAGGGGCGGGUCAUACAGGUGAAAGGAACAAAGGAAUGUAGCGCCGUGCAAAGCGUCAGCUUUGAUCGGCAGGUGACAGUGACUGCAGUUUCUCCGAUAGCGUUAGAAUGAGUAGAAUGGACUGAUUGAUAAGCAUGCUUCAUUUGAUAAUCCACAUUAUACUGUGAUUAAUUGCAGUUUUGAUCCCAUUCUCACAUCUGAUGCAGCUUUUUCUAAAAUUCCUGUUUAGAAAGAGGAUUGUGGGUAACGGAUGAGUAAAACCGGAGCAGUCCUCGGAUUUGGAUCUGGUAAAACCCUGAUGUUAGCUAGAUGAUACGUAGUUGUGAAGUUGUAAUCCGACAACUUUAGAUUUAGGUGAAUGAAGAAGUAAAAGCAUUUACAGAUGCAGAUGCAGUAUUUUUAUUUAAUUAUUAAUAAUAAUGAGGAAAGGGAUGAACCAGGGGGGUCUGCAACCUGGAGCCACGAGCAGCUUCAACAGUUGUCCUGUCUAAUAAUUUUACAAUAUGGAUGGAGCCUCCAGCAGCAAAAUGACACUAAUCUUUACUAAAUAGUUAUUUUAAUUGGCUUUGAACUGAAUUAUGACAUACCCGUUAUUAUUAAUGCACUGUCUAUCAUUAAAGGUGUGGAACACUCAUUUAAUCAAUAUGUUUGCAGUGUUCUCUAGUAGGAAUGAAUGCCUUGUAAGUUGUACGGGGGAACACUGGUGCAUCAUUUCCAGGAGUGAGCCACAUCAAAGCUGACCGUCAGACAGCAGGAUUUCGAGUCUUGUUUCUGUUGUUGUUUAACCUCCACAAAUAAACGCAAGCCUUUAGAAGUUCUGCUGUGUGGUGAAGCUGCUAAUGCUAAUGGUUAGCAUCUACUAGGUUGAUAUGUUUUCUGCAGUUUCCUUGACACUAAAUUAACAGCAACCUUCCCCAAUGCGAGUCAAGGUGGGCGAGUCCACGGAUGUUAACGGGAUAGUUUGGCUUGCUUUAAGCACCCUGUGAUAUCCAGUUAGUCAACCCAAAAAUGAAACGUAUCUCCUCGCUGCGAGUUUGGUUUUUAUACACCUGCAUUUAACAGCCGAAAUGUCUCCUCAGCCUUCACUAAUGUCUACAGGAGCUGUUCAUCACUAAAUCAAUCAAAUCACUUGUGUUUGCAAUCUCAUGCGUGUAGCAAUUGUGCUGAAGCAGAGUGCAGAACCAGGCCUUUAAGCUCCACUUUGACUAAGUCCAACAGAAGACACCCCGCCACUCUGAAGUUGCAACUGCGAUAUAGUCUGGCCACAGAGGGUGGUGGGGGUCUGAGGGACAUUUCAUUACCACUGUAAAGGGUCAUUUUAGCACACACUGUCUCAAGAAAAUGAUUUAAAAAUAUGAAAAUUUUGCAUCGCAUGCCUUUAAAUGACAGUGUGACGUAGAUGUGUCAGGCUUUUCAAAUCUUAGCAUUUCACUUUCUAUUUUCUAUCAGAAGCUAACGAAUGAGAUGGUGUAGGAGACUAUUUUAAUUGUCCACCUACCUGAAAAACUCAGAGUGACAGAAUAGAAUCACAAAUAAUAUCUUAUGUUUUUUGUGUGUGUUCUACAUCUUUAAAAAGCAGUGAUUUAUUUUACUGUUGGGUAAUAGUUGGAUAUUUUGGGCUGUUAUAUUGCUGCAAAGGUCUGGAAAACCAAAUACUUUUUCUUGUUUUUAUCUAACUCUAAAAUAACAACAACAACAAACUCUCAAAGCUACAUACACUGCAGCAAAUAAAAAAGAUGAAUAAAAACUACAAGUUUAAAAAGUAUAAUCUUUAUUUUAAGCAAUCAGUAGAUUUUGUGGCUCUACACAAAUUAGAUGUGUCACUAAAAUAUUUUAAAAUUUCUUGAAAGCAUUGCAGACCCCUGGUUUAAAAAACUACACUUUUAGUUAAUAAUAAUAGAUGCCACAGAUAGCUUGACUGCUAAAGUCUCUGCUAGCUUUUAACAGAGAGAAACAUCAAAGAUAAAAAUAGAUAAUAGGCUAGUAUUGAUGUGAUGACAGACUUUAUAAUAAAACUAGUAAAUAAGUUAGGAUCUGUUUCCCACGCUUAACAGAUUUAAGCAGUCACAUUAGCAGCUGUCUAAUUCUGAAAACAAAACAAGUCAUCUGGAAAUACGGAACUUCUUCUGACAAAGUUUUAUCCAGGAAUUUAAGCUAAUAUCAAAUCAAAGUUGUCAUUUUAAAAGUUUAAAUUGUAACUUUACUUAUGUCUACCUCUAUCUUAAAUGAAGGAUCCCCUUAAAAUUUUAGGGUGCUGUCCGCCGCUAGAGCUAAUGUCACCCAUACGCACAUAGCAUAGCUAAUAUCAUGCAAUAAAUCAGGACAGACAGGCAUCGCUACGAUAACAGAGGCAGGGUUAGGGUCAACCCUAGCUCUAACUCUACCUGUGUUAGGGUUAACCCUAACCCUUACAGGACUGAAACAAACAAGGCAGAGCCGUAAAGAAAAAGUUUAGGGAGCAUUUUAACGCCAUUCUUUUUAUAAGACCUUUUGUUUUAGAACAAAAUCACAUUAAAAUCUAAAUCAAAAAUUCUUUUUUUUCUGUCCGAACCAUUUUCACUACAAUUUCACUUUAUUCACAGAUAAAAGUUCCAGAAUACCAACUGAGAGUGACUGACACUGUUCGUUCUACUCUUGCUAACCCUAUAAUUUUGCUCCAGCGGACUAUCGCUGAACCUUUUAGAUGCCUUAUUUACUGAGUUAUUGUUCUUUCUGUUGUCAUAGAAAAGAGAUAGAAGGAAAAAGUGUAUAUACAGUUUAUUUAUCUUCAUUAUUAAGGUGGCCUCAGAUCAACACCCUUUUAAAACCGUCUGGUUCGUCACACCAGGGACAAAAGAAUCAAAUCAAAUAUGAUCAGGUUUCCAAUCUGAUUGGCUCACAAUCUCUCUGCCUGGAAACCAAAAGCAUCUCCUCUAUUUCCGGGCUCAUUCAGAUUUCCCAACAUGAGGAUUUCUGCCACUUUUUGUCUAAAUUAAAAAACUCCAAAUUUUUAGUCACUACACCCCAUGAUGAGGUUAGCCAUGUGGGCUGGCUCUUUCCAUUUGAAAUGCAGUCUGUGUUUCCAUUUCCCACCAGCUUUGUACUGUAAAUGUUCAUUAGAUUCUCAUUUGAGGCUUUCAGCGCGUCGUCUCUCUUUUGUCCUCCUCUUUGUUUUCUUUCUUUGACCACCAAUAAGGUCUUUUUGUCCCUCAUGCCAAUUUUGCUUGUUGUAAAGGGUGUAGACAUUCUUAUGUCUUUCAAGUUGCUGUAAUAAAUAUGCUAAUAUUUCUAAUUUCUCA